AAACAAACACAGCUCAACAAUUUCGGCUUACUCGCUAUGUUUUUACUCAAAUUUCUUAUUUUCUGAGUGAAAAUUCUUCAAAAUCGAUGUGCAACUAGCGGGAGUUUAACAUUUAGAUCUCAUGUAAGCCGCAGCAAUGGAAAUUGCCGCCAAGAUUGCAAAGUUUGUCCUACCACUGGACGAGGCCUUUGUCGAGCAAGCGUGGCUGCAGGAAUUAAGCGAAUUGGGCGUUGAACCUUUCUUCAGCGACGACGACGACCUUGAGCUGCGAGUCAUCAAUCUCAUCGAUGCCUCGGAGGCUCUGGAGAAGGCUCUUGUUAACGCACCGGACUUCCAGCCCGCUCAAUUAUGGGCAGACCUCACUGCCAGGGGGCUGCACCACCGAAACAUUCUUCCGUACAUCUCGUACUUUUCAUCGAGCUUUGCAAAAAAUUCUGGCAGCCUCAAGGCAGACACUGUCGGACUUGCUUCCGCCAGUUUGUUUUUCAAGAUGCUCUCUUUGCCUGGAGCUGUAACAUUUAACAUGUUCCACCAGAUUGUUUUUGAUUACGCUGUGGACAAGUUGAAUUUACUGACAGAAACUCAAAGUAAAGAGCACAGGGACAAGAAGCAGAAAAAUGCUGUCCAAAGAAGACAACAGACCAUCACAAAAAGAGUCACAAUUUUGAUGGAGGACCUAACUCGCUUGCUUCGAAUAGGCUUUGUCCAAAAUCGUCAGCUGGCUGUCAACAUUACUGUCAAAAAGCUGGCAGAAAUACUCUCUCUUGAAAAUAAAAUCUUGAUCAGGGAUUUUGAAACUGAAGAUGACUCAUUCACAUACAGAGCUUACAUUGCACUGUACAUUUUGUGCAGUGAUGAAGAAAACAUAUGUCUGGUAUUGGAGCACCUUUUGUCCACCACUUUGUCCCUAUCGGGCACACCAAGUCAAUUGCGAUGCUUCUCGGAAACCUUGACCAACUUCAUCAAGUACCUGCUCAUAACCAAAGAGCCAAAAGAUAUGUGGCCUGCUGUGAUGAUUUUUAUGCAGCACCUUUUGACCAGGUCUGUUGAAAGAGCUGAAAACAGACAGAAGGUUGGACACCUCGCCACCAUUUUGAUCACAAAGAUGCCGAAACAACUGGCAAACUGUGUCGUCAAAUGGGUGUUCAUGUAUCUGGCCUUUUCGGAAAGAUCCACAUACAGAUUGAUGGUGCUUGAGUUGUUCCAACAGCUUUUGCAAGAGAGACAAAUGGAGGACUGCUCGAACGAAGAUUUAGUCAAAGACAAAGAGCCCCUUGCUGAAGACGAGGAAGAGGAGGUAGAUGACAAGAUUUUACAAAAACUUGUGAAUUUCCCAUUUGAAGGAGGCAGGAGAGCCAUCAAACAUAGCCACAUCUUUUGCCUUGCUCUGCACAGAUCAGUGGAUGUAGCUCCUUUGAUAAGAACUAAAGCUUUGAAUAUGUUGGCUGAAAUGUUGAUGUCUGCGUGUGAUGCUCCUCUAAGUCCACUUGUGAACGAAACUUUUGUUGAGCCGUUUGAGGAGACAAUAGCAAUCAGUGAAAAGGUCACAAUUCUGUGGCAAAACAGGUCUGAUUUCUUGGAUGGUGUGCUUGGCCAGGAUAUGUUUAUUCCUGGAGCAGUGACAAUCGUCAACAAUUUAGUUGCCAUAGCUGAGGACGAGAGGGUUUAUGUUAGAAAGGCAGCCCUGCACUGUCUAGUCAGUUUAGGUAAACUGUCUCGACACUGGAUCUCCAGCAGCUUUUUAGAGUUGGUGGCAAGUCAUUGCAGAGACCCAGCGCCCAUGAUACGGAAGCAGGCUAUCGUUUGCUUGACUGAACUUUUGAAAGAGUACUUCAGCAUCCUUCCUAUUGUAAUCAAUUACUGGGUGUCUUCUGUCAUGCCUUGUCUGCAAGACCCAGAAAGCAAAGUGCAAGAACUUGUGCAGGAGCAAUUCCAUGAUAUAUUUUUUGACAACCUGAGGACUUAUGACGAAGAUUUGACCAAGCACAAUCUUCUUCCCUGGAAUGUCAUGAGGCUAGCAAUCACAUUCAACUUGAAGAAGUUACUCUCGGACACGUUGAACGUUUGGGCAAAAGGAAAAAAUCUUCCGUCUGGAUUUAUUAAAAUAGUCAUGAGCUACAUUGGCACCAAUUUCAACAAAGAGGCGUGGACCCUCCUGGCCAUCAUAUCGGAGAGCCAAAACAUUCAGAAUGUGGAAUUUGCCCAGAACUACUUCAAACAGCAUUCCCAAAAAAUGAAUAAGACUGAAAUUGGUACAAUUUACUCUGUGCUCAGGGUACUGAUGCUGAAUGCCAAAUCAUUGUCACCUGAGCAAACAAAACAGCUCAGAGACAUUUUAUGCACAAAGAUUGAAAAUCUCGCCUUCCCCACAGAUCUAAUUGGCUGUUCAAUUGACACUGUUGCUGCUCUUGACAUAGCCCAAAACCAAAUUUCAGACUUUGAUUCUUGGUGCAAAUCAACGUUCAAGAGGCUGGAAUUAAAGAUUUCCAUGUAUCUCAGCAAACCUGGUCAUGCUCCUCCAGAUUCAUCCGAGGAGGCCAAACUAAGGGAAAUCACCACUUUGGGAGACGUCAUGAGAGCGGCCUCGAUUUCAAACUCGUCCACUAAAGCUACAGCUCCUCUCAUCAGCAUCGCCCUCUUUGGUGACGAAAGACCAGAAUCCAAAAAGUUGGCUUUUGAAGCCACUCCUCGUAUGAGGGCCAUUGCGGUUGUUGCCCUAGGAAAAAUUGCUAUUUUGCAUGAGCAGGUUGCCUUUGAAGUGGUCGUCCUUUUCCAACACCUGCUCAAAAAAUCGAGUGACAAUGUCCUCAGGUGCAACAUCUUGGCCGUCCUUGCCGACUUGAUUGGAAAAUACGCAACACUUGUUGAAUCCAUAGUGGCUGAGAUCGAAAUUUGCCUCCAUGACCCAGACCCUGAUAUGCGCCGUCACGCCCUAGUGGUUGUGGUGCAACUUCUGCAAGGCGACUUUGUCAAGUUGAGAGGCAACACUCUCCUCUUCUACUUGCUGAGCACACUUUGUGAUCCUGAAGACGAUCUGCGUGAUAUGACAGCCAGUUAUUUGACCAACACACUUAUAGCCAAAGAACCUAAUGCCUUCCAGCAAAAUUUGAUAGCGGCAAUUAUUUUGCUGAACGCAUUUGAAGAUCACGAGCGUUUUUCAAAAAUAAAAAUAACUCAGGAGCGACUGCGAAGGCUGGCACUUCCUGGCCCUGAAAACAAAGACAAAAGGAUGAUUGUUUACUCCUUCAUGUUGGAGCACAUGUCCGACGACCAUCGCUUUGAUUCGAUGCAUAGAAUUUGCACACAAAUAUUAGGAGGAUUCAUUGAGGGAAAUUUCCUACUGGGCAAACAUGACCACAUCCUCGAAGAUGCACUUUCUGCAUUGCGUUGUGAGCACAUUCGUCUCCGCUGCAUGAAUGUUGCUUCUGAUGCUGAAGUUACGGAUGCUGAUGAAGCUUUCAACAAACUUUACGAGCAAACAAAGAAAAUAUAUGUUGCACAUGAAGUUAAGAAGAAGAUUGUGGAGAGCAUUGUCCCUAUAAUCAGAUCUCUGAGGAUAAUGUUGCAGAAAGAGAGGUCUCCACUUGCAAAUGAACUUAUGCAAUUCCUUCGAGACCUGAUGAAAGACUUCAAAUCUGAGAUUGAUGAAAUCUUUGCUGGAGAUAGACAGCUGGUUGAAGAAAUUGCCUUCGACAUUCGACAAUUGGAGGAGCAAGAGGGAGGUGAGAUGGAGGAAGAUGAUUCAGACUGAAAUUGUUUUUAUUUAGCAAAUUUAGUUUUAAUUUUUAACUAAUAUCUUUUAACAUAGUUUUAAAGUAAGUUUAACGGCACACCUUAUUGGGUGUUUUUAAUUAGAAAUGAACUUUUAAAAGCGUUAAUAAAUUUGAAUGGUCUGAUUAUUCUGA